AUGCAAGUUCCGCAGAAUGCGACUUUUGUGGGAGAUGACGACUUGCCCGUGGACCACCGGCCAUGGUACCACUAUCGACGUUUGGCGGACACCAUCUUCCCCUGGACACAGCCUCAACCCGCCAGGUCGACAGUCGCGCUGUCUUGCAGUUACAAUCUGGUCAGGGUACUUGCGUCCAUCAUACAGCUGGUCUUUGCUGUCUCAACACUAUACCGCACGCGUGGCGACCAAAUUGAGCGAUACGGUUAUGCCGCAUUCGGCUUGACUGUGAUGCCUUACGCAUGGAUGUCCCUCAUCAAUCUUCUCGGCAACGCACUAUGUCCACAGUAUGACAGGAUCUACGUUGUCAGCUCCCGAGCACUACGCGAUCUACAAUUCGCUCGCGAAGAAGAGAGUCAGGAUUCGCAGACGCAAGACCGAACCCAGUGGAGAGUCGACGGCGCUGUGGGCCGCCUGGAAGAUGAUUGUGAUGAGCAGUUGUGCAAAGACUUCGAAUACUGUCGCGAGCAGGAGGGUGCCGGACAGACGGAACGCUCGCGGCCGGUCCUCUAUACAGUCUUUGCAACUUGGAAUCGCAAGUCACCGAGUCGCAUGAACCUUGGGCCUUUUAUCGAUCUACUCAAUCCGUUUCGUCACUGGAAAGACUGGGUUGAAGAUACUCGCAAGCCCAAACGUUGGUGGAAAGACGAAGCCAUGCGCAUAGUCAAGGACAUGCGCAAGGACCCUAAGUCUGGCUUACUGUCUUUCUACCACAGGUGGAAAGAACAGUUGCUGGCGCCUUUGGUCGUCUUUGUAGUUCCGCUGGCAAUAGUUGGCGGCCUCUCUGGCUUUGAACCCGGCCAGAGUGAGCCGUUUCAACGAGUAUGGGUUACGAUGUGGUUGGUUCUGGGCCUAGGAGUUGGAUUCGUUCUUGGCCAAGCCUUGAGAUGGUUUGGCAACCAGUCGCCCAAUGUAUAUCAGCAACCUACUGCGGACUACGGAGGUCCAAUUGGGUUUAUGAAUCUGUGGGAAACCAUUAUGGGCGCGGUGGCUUAUGGACCAAUUGCUAUUGGAGGGCCAAUCAAAUACGGCUACCCCUCUCAGUCGCGGAAUGUAGCCGCUGUUUCCAUCCCUAUCUGCAUACAUACUUCUGUCGAGAUGGCACUCGCUUUGCGGAGAGCGGCUUCGCUGAAGCCAGAAGUCCGAUUGGCACAAGCUGUCUCCGAGUUCGAGGCAAGUCUGGAUGCAGUACACAAAGCAUCGUUCCGCAAUGCGCGAAUCGCUACGAAAGCCACACCGCCGACUCCGAGCGACGUCAUGAGGCUGACGGCCGAGAUUGACUACCGAGUGCGACAAGAGCAUGGCCCGUCUCGAUGUUUUGGUCCCCGUCUUACCAACAUACUCCAAGCUGUCCAGCAGUUCGCUGCGUUGGGCGAUACCGUAGUCGGCGGAUCGCAGAACUUGGUGGCCUGUGGAGUCUGGUCUGCAGUCAGAAUGAUGCUGCAUAUGGCGAUCGGUUACGCUUCCUACUUGGAGAAGCUGUCGUUGCUCUUCAUGACUGCCGGGCGACAGGCUCCGCGAUAUCACGCCUUGGCAACUAUUUAUCCCCAGUCUAAGACACUACAACUUUAUCUGUCCGAAUACUUCAUCGUCAUCGUUCGCAUAUGUCAGAGAAUACAGCAAUACGCAAAGAAGUCUGCUUUUGGUCAGUUUAAGUCUUCGUUGACCGACGCAGAUCUAAAGGAAGAUCAGGCGGACCUCGAGCUCUGGGGAAACUCAAUCAAGGAUGAGGCAAGCCUUCUGCUUAAUAGAAGAGUUCACGACGAGUCGCAAGAAAACCAGAAGGCUCGCGCGUGGGUGAGCAGAUGGUCAGCAUCGUCUUCACAACAAUACGCUCUUGAGCGUAAGGUGCGAUUGCUGGAAGCAUGCUCCACGUACGACUUCCAAACCACCUGGAAACAGAUUCGAAAGCGAGGCUCGACGUCGCUCUUAGCAACCUGGGCCGGGUAUCAACAAUGGAAACAGGAGGAUACAACGUCGGCCAUUUUGUUUAGUGGAAAGGUCGGAGCUGGAAAGUCAGUUACUCUGGCUAAUAUCGUCGACGACUUAUUCCUAGCAUGA